AUUGUGACUGUCCAUCUUUUCAGCUGAUAGGCUGGCUGGUGGUGGCAGGACUGUUUCUGAUGGUCUUCCUGAUGCUGUGUGUGAAGCGAUGUUCUUCUCCCUUUGGCUACCUACAAGAAGACUACUGGUCCCAGUACCGCUCCAGUGAAAAGAGCCUGUUUGAACGCACAGCUGUGGUGCACUCACGCCUCCUCGCUGCUGAGAACGUGAAGAGCUUCUUUGGAUUUGUAGCUUUAGAUAAAGAAGAGAAGGAGGAGCUGACAGAGCACCAGACUGCUGCUCCUAUCUGCAGCACUGACUGGAACCGAGUGACGGGAGUCUACCUGUACAGGGAGAAGAACGGACUGCCACUCUACAGCAGGCUAAACAAAUGGGCUCAGUACAACCUGGACAAUAAUCCCGAGGCCAUGGAGAAAGAGAUGGAUGUGCUCAGCUGACUGUAGAUAGUGUGCAGGGUUUUGCACGCUGCACCUUCAGGUGACUGUAGAUAGUGUGCAGGGUGGUGCAUGCUGCACCUUCAGGUGACUGUAGAUAGUGUGCAGGGUGGUGCACGCUGCAUGUUCAACUGACUGUACAUAGUGUGCAGGGUGGUGCACGCUGCAUGUUCAACUGACUGUAGAUAGUGUGCAGGAUGGUGCACGCUGCACCUUCAGGUGACUGUAGAUAGUGUGCAGGGUGGUGCACACUGCAUUUUCAACUGACUGUAGAUAGUGUGCAGGGUGGUGCACGCUGCAUGUUCAACUGACUGUAGAUAGUCUGCAGGGUGGUGCACGCUGCACGUUCAACUGACUGUAAAUAGUCUGCAGGGUGGUGAACGCUGCACCUUCAGCUGACUGUAGAUAGUCUGCAGGGUGGUGCACGCUGCACGUUCAACUGACUGUAGAUAGUGUGCAGGGUGGUGCACGCUGCAGCUUCAGGUGACUGUAGAUAGUGUGCAGGGUGGUGUACGCUGCACCUUCAGCUGACUGUAGAUAGUGUGCAGGCUGGUGCACGCUGCAUGUUCAACUGACUGUAGAUAGUGUGCAGGGUGGUGUACGCUGCACCUUCAGGUGACUGUAGAUAGUGUGCAGGCUGGUGCACGCUGCAUGUUCAACUGACUGUAGAUAGCGUGCAGGGUGGUGCACGCUGCACCUUCAGCUGACUGUAGAUAGUCUGCAGAGUGGUGCAUGCUGCACGUUCAACUGACUGUAGAUAGUGUGCAGGGUGGUGCACGCUGCACCUUCAGGUGACUGUAGAUAGUGUGCAGGGUGGUGUACACUGCACCUUCAGGUGACUGUAGAUAGUGUGCAGGGUGGUGCACGCUGCACCUUCAGGUGACUGUAGAUAGUGUGCAGGGUGGUGUACGCUGCACCUUCAGGUGACUGUAGAUAGUGUGCAGGCUGGUGCACGCUGCACGUUCAACUGACUAUAGAUAGUGUGCAGGGUGGUGCACGCUGCACCUUCAGGUGACUGUAGAUAGUGUGCAGGGUGGUGUACGCUGCACCUUCAGGUGACUGUAGAUAGUGUGCAGGCUGGUGCACGCUGCACGUUCAACUGACUGUAGAUAGUGUGCAGGGUGGUGCACGCUGCACCUUCAGCUGACUGUAGAUAGUGUGCAGGCUGGUGCACGCUGCACGUUCAACUGACUGUAGAUAGUGUGCAGGCUGGUGCACGCUGCACGUUCAACUGACUGUAGAUAGUGUGCAGGGUGGUGCACACUGCACCUUCAGCUGACUGUAGAUAGUGUGCAGGCUGGUGCACGCUGCACGUUCAACUGACUGUAGAUAGUGUGCAGGCUGGUGCACGCUGCACGUUCAACUGACUGUAGAUAGUGUGCAGGGUGGUGCACACUGCACCUUCAGGUGACUGUAGAUAGUCUGCAGGGUGGUGCACGCUGCACCUUCAGGUGACUGUAGAUAGUGUGCAGGAUGGUGCACGCUGCACCUUCAGGUGACUGUAGAUAGUGUGCAGGGUGGUGCACACUGCAUUUUCAACUGACUGUAGAUAGUGUGCAGGGUGGUGUACGCUGUACCAUCAGCUGACUGUAUUGUACCUCAGGCACUUCAUUUUACAUAUGCAUUGGUAGAAAACUCCACAUUUCAUUUUAUCAAACAAUAUGCAAUGAAAAUGAAAGAGAAUGUCUUAUUUCAUUGAUUAGAUUAUCAGUGAGUCAAGUGUUUUCAAUAUCAGAAUUGGAAUCAAAUUUAUUGCCAAGUAAGUUUGCACAUACAAGGAAUUUGAUCUGGUGUCACUGGUUCAUAAACACUAAAACGAAAAGAACAAACACUUGUAAAAGAAGUAAAAAGAGUUAGACAAAACUUUAUUCACUGUUAAAUAAAGAAAAUGUCAUGAAUGUGACAGUGCAAAAUGAUGAUUUUGCUGAUGAUUUUAUCAUUUAAAAAGAUACAUUUUGUUAGUAUUUGGUGAUAUUAAAGGAUUAUGAACCAAGCGCAAGGUCUGUACGGGGAAAUAUCAGACUGAUGUGUUGUCAGUACGAAAAGGGAAAAACACGGACGUCUGAUAUCCCUGUACACACUGAGCAAGCAAGGCUCAUAAUUCAUUUAUUAUAUGGCUGUUUUAUAUAUAUAUAAACAUGCAAACUUACAGUUACGUACGUACAGUUUCGUAUCUGCUUGGGACUCCGGCGAGGGUGGUCGCAUCUCCUCCUCUCUCCUCUAUCUCUGCUCCAACCUUCAAGCCCCCUACUUCACCAGAGUGUGAAUUCUUCAAACUAUAUUGGAUUAACCUUGGAAUUGAUCAGCUGGUUUCUGAACGCUAUUGACACCAUUUUUUCAACAAGGAAAUCAGGCCCGGUGGACUUUUCAUGCCCACAUGGCACCUACCCUGCGGGCUAUGUUCUUGACUCCUGGGAGACUUGGCGUGUCGCAUGCUUGGUGCCAUUCUCUGUGGAGGAUGUCUAGGAUUUAUUUAUAUUUGGUUUUAUUGUAGGAGGGCU